CACCUAAACUAUUGCAUAUAUAUAAAUGUAUGUGUACGGCUAUAUUUUAUGAUUAUGUUGCUGGCUGCGUUUCAUGCUACCAAGGUCCAGGAGUUACUAUCACUGUAGAUACUUUUGAAACAUUUGCGAAGACUUGUCUCAAUGAAGGCUAUGAUGUUAAUAAUCCAUCAAAUGUACCUGGUAAAACACCUGCAACACCUUCCCCCAAAAAAGAUUGUAAUACUCCUAAUGAUCCUUGUAAAGCUGUCAAUGAAACAUUGACAAAUU